AUGGAUUACCGGGGCCGCGCUAUUGCCUUGUACCAGUGCUACGCGCCGGAAAAGAUGGCCGGCGUUGAUGCGCAGCUUUCGAAGUACGAGGGCCGUGAGGAGGAGUUUAUUCAGGCUAUUAUCAACAAGUACGGUCCAGAACCGGAUUCUGCGGAGGGAAUUGCCGAGAAUGAAUAUAAUGCCCAAGAAGGGGAAGAAGAUGAAUGGUAUGCGUACUAUCGCCAGCGUCUCGUGAACUUUUACACCGUUUACGCCUCAGAAAAGAUUGAUUCCGUCGACAAUCAGCUUAAAAAAUACGCUGGACGCGAAGAGCCACUUUUUGAGGCUUUGGUAGCCAAGUAUGGACCCGAGCCGGAAUACGAGAAUGCCGAUGAAAAUGAAAAAGAAGCGGCUGAUAAGAAGAACCUUGCUUAUGAAAAUGCCGGUGAAAAUGAAAAUAAAACGGGUAAUAAAGAGAAACUUUCUUAUCGUGACAGAGUUGUAGCGUUGUACAACUUGUAUGUUCCCAGCAAGCUGGGUAACGUGGACGCGCAGUUGGAGAAGUAUCGUGGCCAUGAGGAGGAGUUCAUUGCUGCACUGGAGCAGAAGUAUGGUCCCGAGCCAUCAGUUGCGGAGAGUGCCUCACCAGACUACCGCAGCCGUGUUGUGUCCAUCUAUGAGCGCUAUGCCCCUGGCAAGCUGGGUGACGUGGACGCGCAGUUGGAGAAGUAUCGUGGCCAUGAGGAGGAGUUCAUUGCUGCACUGGAGCAGAAGUAUGGUCCCGAGCCAUCAGUUGCGGAGAGUGCCUCACCAGACUACCGCAGCCGUGUUGUGUCCAUUUAUGAGCGCUAUGCCCCUGGCAAGCUGGGUAACGUGGACGCGCAGUUGGAGAAGUAUCGUGGCCAUGAGGAGGAGUUCAUUGCUGCUUUGGAGCAGAAGUAUGGUCCCGAGCCAUCAGUUGCGGAGAGUGCCUCACCAGACUACCGCAGCCGUGUUGUGUCCAUCUAUGAGCGCUAUGCCCCUGGCAAGCUGGGUGACGUGGACGCGCAGUUGGAGAAGUAUCGUGGCCAUGAGGAGGAGUUCAUUGCUGCACUGGAGCAGAAGUAUGGUCCCGAGCCAUCAGUUGCGGAGAGUGCCUCACCAGACUACCGCAGCCGUGUUGUGUCCAUUUAUGAGCGCUAUGCCCCUGGCAAGCUGGGUAACGUGGACGCGCAGUUGGAGAAGUAUCGUGGCCAUGAGGAGGAGUUCAUUGCUGCACUGGAGCAGAAGUAUGGUCCCGAGCCAUCAGUUGCGGAGAGUGCCUCACCAGACUACCGCAGCCGUGUUGUGUCCAUCUAUGAGCGCUAUGCCCCUGGCAAGCUGGGUAACGUGGACGCGCAGUUGGAGAAGUAUCGUGGCCAUGAGGAGGAGUUCAUUGCUGCUUUGGAGCAGAAGUAUGGUCCCGAGCCAUCAGUUGCGGAGAGUGCCUCACCAGACUACCGCAGCCGUGUUGUGUCCAUCUAUGAGCGCUAUGCCCCUGGCAAGCUGGGUAACGUGGACGCGCAGUUGGAGAAGUAUCGUGGCCAUGAGGAGGAGUUCAUUGCUGCUUUGGAAAGGAAAUAUGUUUACGGCAGUGGGUCUGCAUUGCCGUCCUUAUAUGUAAGUGGAACUUUGUCGCCAGUUGUGUCAGAAAAGGCAGGUAGCUCACACCAAAUGGUGCUUAUGGGAAUGGCCUUGACUACAAUUAUGGAAGAGGAGAGUGCCAGACGGCUGGAGCUGCUGGAGGCUUUUACUGCUGGAUUGAUGAGCUUCAGUAUGGAUGCCGAGUCCGAGAGGCGUUUGAAAGUGGAACAUCAGGAGCAAUUGGCGGCGGCUGUUUUUGAGGAGUUUUUUAUUCGACUUCACAUUAUUGCUGAAGAGGCGAUGGGCCAUCCCGUAUUGGAGCAUCCGCACUUUCCGUUUGUGUCGGAUAAGAGUGCGGAUGCUGUGGCACGUUUCUUUGCGGCAUUGGGCACGACAAAUGUGAACGGCAAAGCGUUUAUUGUGGCUUCAGCGUGUCGUCUUCUCUUUUUCGAGGCCGUUGGUGAGGAGUUGUUGGAGGAGCCACAAGGCGAACUUGUCUCGCUCGAGGAGUUCCGCCAGUUACUGACCCGCGCUUGUCACUGCGAGAAGGAUGUCGUGGCGAGGUUGCAGAGUUUCGUGUCGAUGGCAAAGCGACAGGAGCGACCUACAGUCCUCACGGCACCUCGGGAGCUUUGCGCGGGGUUUUGGGCCUACAGAUGUGUGAAACCGUGCGUUGCGGAGGAUUGGCAGCGUGUGUGGGUCGUGCUGGAGAAUGACACACGGCUGGUGAUCCGGCGGCCGAAUAUAAAGAAGCCAGAGCUGACAAUCCCUGUCGGCCACGUGAUUAAAUGCCAGCUGUCUUCGAUGCUUGGGACCCAGGCACCACGGUCGUGUGCCAAGAACGGAUUGUACCUGCAGCUUUCAAGUGGCGUCAAUCCCGUUUUGUUGCUGUUAUGCCCUCAGCGUGUGGCGAAUGCACAAGCGCUCGUCAAAAUGUUUUUUCGCGGUGUUCCCCAAAAAACGUCGGGGAUGACGAGAGAUGUCGUCGCCGAAGCUAAAGAUGCGCUGAUGAAUAAAGGUGAAGUUAAAAUUUCACCUCCCGCUGCUGGUGAGAUUUGCCGAACUGAGGACGCAUGUGUUGCGACAAUUGUGUGGUGUUGUCGCGGUGGCUGCAGUAAAUUUGUUCGUUCCGUUUGGACUUUGGUGGGUGACUCCAUCGUGCACCAAGCCGUGGGGGAAAAGGAGAAUUUUACCUGGAGCCUGGCAACACUGAAGGAUGUCUACCUCGUCAACGAGCUUGGCAUGAGGCCACCGGUGCCCACUGCAAAACAUGGUUUUGUUGUACUACUCGAAAAGGGAUCGCUUUUCUGCUGCACGGAGACUGCUGCUGCUCGCGACGCGCUUGUCGGUUACAUGAAGCGGGUGGUUUUCAAGCAUUUCCUUCAGUCAAAUCAAAAACGCGCCUCCGCUCUCACUUCACUCAUGACGGAGGAAAGUAAAGAGGGGAAGGGUGGUGCACCUCUGGCCUCCGCGAAGCACAGAGUACCCGGCGUUGCUCAUUCUUCAUCUCGCUGA